CAGUUGGCAACUAAACUCAGAACCAUGAGAUUGGGAUUUCCUUUAUUUUUGAUACUUUUAGUUGGUUGUUUCCUGCCCCAGACCCACGGACGUAUAGAAAUAGCUGGCUAUGUGGUCCGGCAAGCUGCUUUCUUUUUAGAAAAGUGCCUGUUUACCCCCAAGUAUGGACCUUGCAAGAAACGCUACAAGGUCUUCGCCUAUGACCUCAUGACCAAUCGGUGUGUUCAAUUUUAUUAUAGUGGCUGCGGAGGAAACCCCAAUCGGUUCGCAACUGAAAAUGAGUGCCGGACCACUUGUUACGUGGUGGAAACAGAUAAAACUGAAAUCUACGAUGAUAAUUAUGAGUACGAAGACACCACACAAGCUAAUAAGGAUGAAGAUGAUUAUUAAACUAUUUUAAUUUACUUUUGAACUUAAUCUUAAAUACUCUUCUAGCAUCUAAAUUAAAGCCUCCAUCUGAGCCCA